CGUUUCUAUUGUCAUCAUUCAGAUACCUACUGAACUGCAUAUUUUGUGUAAUGAUAAAAUAUUAUGUUUAUAAUAAUUUGUUGUUGGCGAAUAUUGAUUAGUGAAGUAGCCGGUUUGAGUUAGACGAACACUGAGAUUUAAAAAAUCGAUCCUGUGAAUUCUAAAUUAUUUUCUUUCUCGAUUGAAAAUAGUGUGAUUGUUGGUGAAUAUUUAUGAAAACCAUAUCUUAUCAGAAGACCCCCCUAGCAGAUUUCAUUAAAAUAUAAAUGAGAAAAUAAUAAUAAUUAAAAAUCGCACUAAAUCCAGAUAAGGAAACCCGCGGGGUCAAUUCCACGUACUCUUCUACGCAAAUCUUCAAAAUAUCCAAUCCUCUUCGUUUGUUACACUGCUAAAGAAAUCUAUUGGUCAAUGUUUGUAACAUUUAAAAAACAACAAAAAAAUGUUUUCGCGCCUUUCUGUGAAGUGCAAACACCUGUUGAAUUCCAAGGUUAUCAAUUUUGGAAAAAAAUACAUACUGGUUACAGUAUCGGAACGACUACGACAUACAUUUAUGCAAUAGCUUGGAUUGGAAUGAUAUAAGAAGUUUAUAUCAAAACUAUCCUCAGUUUUAUCAGUGCUCUUGCGUCGGAAAAUUUUAAGAAUAGACUUGCGGUGCAGCAAAUAGCAAAAAUGAGUAGCGAUUUAGCAAAGGUAUUGAACUCCAAUGUGUGGGACAGUGAUCCUGAGUUGUUCGAACUCAUCAAGAAGGAAAGGAAGAGACAACAAACCGGUUUAGAAAUGAUCGCAUCAGAAAAUUUCACUACCCUCUCAGUAUUACAGUGUCUCAGCUCUUGCUUGCACAAUAAGUAUUCAGAAGGGUUGCCAGGACAAAGGUACUAUGGUGGUAAUGAGUACAUUGACCAAAUUGAAAUCCUAGCUCAGAAAAGAGCCUUAGCAGCCUACAAAUGUGACCCAGAAAAGUGGGGUUGCAAUGUACAGCCGUACUCAGGAUCACCUGGCAACUUUGCAGUAUACACAGGUAUCGUGGAGCCCCAUGGUCGUAUCAUGGGUCUAGAUCUCCCUGAUGGUGGACAUUUAACCCACGGUUUUUUCACACCAACGAAAAAGAUAUCUGCCACGUCUAUAUUCUUUGAAUCCAUGCCAUACAAGGUAAACCCUGAAACCGGUUUGAUCGACUACGACGAGCUGGCACGCACCGCAAGAUUGUUCAGACCCAAGGUGAUAGUAGCUGGUGUAAGUUGCUACUCGCGACCUUUAGACUAUAGGAGGUUCAGGGAAAUUUGCGACGAUGUUGGAGCGUACCUCUUCUCCGACAUGGCUCACAUAUCCGGACUUGUCGCUGCUGGUGUGACCCCAAGUCCAUUCGAAUACAGUGACAUUGUCACAACAACAACCCACAAAAGUCUAAGAGGCCCAAGGGCUGCUGUGAUUUUCUUCAGAAAGGGUGUAAGAUCUGUCAACGCCAAAGGAGAGAAAAUAAUGUAUGAUCUGGAGAAUAGGAUUAACCAAGCAGUAUUUCCUGGAUUGCAAGGCGGUCCCCAUAACAACGCCAUAGCAGCCAUAGCGAACGCGAUGCGGGCCUCGCAAACGCCCGAGUUCACGGCGUACGCUAAACAGGUGGUGGCGAACGCGAAAAGGCUCAGCGACGGACUCCAGAAGAAAGGCUACAAGGUGGUGACAGGAGGCACUGAUCUGCACAUGCUCCUGGUCGAUUUGAGAUCGGCCAAGUUGACAGGGGCCAAGGGAGAGUACAUUUUGGAGGAGGUGAACAUCGCCUGUAACAAGAACACUGUCCCUGGCGAUAAGAGCGCUUUGAAUCCGUCCGGAAUUAGAUUGGGCACGCCAGCUUUAACAACCCGAGGCUUGAAGGAGCAACACAUCGAUCAGGUAGUGGAAUACAUCGACCAAGCCUUGAAGCUGGCCCAAGAAGCUAACACGAUUUCUGGACCAAAACUGGUAGACUUCAAAAAGGUGAUUCAUGAGCAUCCCGAGGUGUCCAAGGCGGUAGCGGAUUUGAGGUCGAAAAUCGAAAAGUUCAGCGAGGGUUUCAUACUGCCUGGAUAUGCAGAGUACUGAAGAAUCGAGAAGAUUUCGAUGUACGUCUCUCCUAUCAUAUAGGGGGCUGUUUAGAUCUAAGUUUGAUGAAUCUUCUGCGACAGGGUGUUGCGGUUUUUUACAUAAACUAUUAUUUUGCUCAUCCUCAAAGAGGUUGCGUUUUUUCAAGCUUGUUUAGGAGCUAUGACGCUUUACUGUUAUAUCUAAAUUUCAUUUUGUAACUAUAUUUAAGUAUUUUGUUUAUAUACAUAUUUUAUUAUGAAUAUAUAUAUUUUAUAGAG